GCUGCUUGCGGGCUGGGGCUGGACUUCCCGAGCGCGCCCGCCCCACACGUGCUGCUGAGCCCCGCGGGGUAGAAGGCGGCGGCGGCGGCGGCGGCGGCGGCUCCUGGCCUUCCUUCCCGAGGGGGCCCCCAUGCCGCGAGACGGAGCGGCGCCCCCCGCAGCUUGCCUGGCCCCCGCGGAGGUCUGGAGCACUGGCUUCGCCCCCAGCACUGCCCCACACUGGCGGCCGUAAGCGACCGAGGCAGGAGCCAGGGCGGACCCCGACUGAAGCCGCUUCUGGGCUCCAAGGCUGGGCUUCCUGUGGCCAGGAGGACGCCCAGGUGAGUCGGGGCCAGCCCGGAGGAGACCGCCAGGGCAGCAGUGAGUGGUGAAGUGGGCAUCUCUGGAGCAAGUUUCCGCAGCCCUGCCCCUAGAAUGAAAGCAGGAGGAAAGAGCGCUUGCGGGAGAGACUGCAAUGAAAGCAGGAAACGGCGGAGAGUGAUGUGAAAUUUCAACCGGAAAUCCAGUGUUCACAUAGACACCAGCCUGCCUACACACAAGGCGGGCAUUCCUGUUUACUCACUUGAAGACCUUUGCUUGCGUCUUCUUGCCUGCGCAGCAACGUGGCCGUGGCCGCGUCCCCUACAGGGGGAUCUGCCGUGGCUAAUGGGAGCCAGAGGCCAGCGUGCUCCUUUCGGGUCCCGCACAACUUGAGGUGUGUGCCCAUCGCCCAGUGCGCUGCAGAUAUGGACAUUGGGCUUCAAUGGCACCUCCUUGCCCUAACCUCACCACUCCAGCGCACGGGAACAACGUUGCCUUGGAUGUGGCUUAUAUCGUCCUGGAACUGGUCAUCGCGGUGCUGGCCAUCUUGGGCAACAUCCUCGUCUGCUGGGCAGUCUACCUGAACAGCAACCUGCAGAACGUCACCAACUACUUUGUGGUGUCUCUCGCGGUCGCAGACAUUGCGGUGGGCCUCCUGGCUAUCCCCUUCGCGAUCGCCAUCAGCACCGGCUUCUGCGCCUCUUUCUACGGCUGCCUCUUCAUCGUCUGCUUUGUCCUGGUCUUGACCCAGAGCUCCAUCUUCAGCCUCCUCGCCAUCGCCAUCGACCGGAUCAUCGCGGUCCGGAUUCCUCUAAGGUACAACGCUCUGGUGACCGGCUCGCGGGCGAAAGGCAUCAUUGCCAUCUUCUGGGUCCUGUCCUUCAUCAUCGGCCUGACGCCCAUGCUGGGCUGGCACAAAUACUCCUCCCGUGGGGCCGAGCAGGGCGGCGGCCACAGCAACGCGUCCGUGCAGAACUGCAGCAGUGGCCUUCUGGCGUGCCAGUUUGAGUCCGUGGUCACCAUGGAGUACAUGGUCUACUACAACUUCUUCGCCUGCGUCCUCCUCCCGCUCCUCCUGAUGUUCGGCAUCUACCUGAAAAUCUUCAUGGCCGCCCGGCGGCAGCUCAAGCAGAUGGAGAACAAGGUGGCCCAUGGAGAGCGGGCCCGCUCCACCUUGCAGAAGGAGGUCCACGCGGCCAAGUCCUUGUCCAUCAUCGUCGGGUGGUUUGCGUUCUGCUGGCUGCCGAUGCACAUCGUCAACUGCUACAUCCUCUUCUGCGCGUGCUGCCCUCGCCCGCCUCUCUGGCUGAUGUACGUGGCUAUCAUCUUGUCCCAUGCCAACUCCGUGGUCAACCCCAUGAUCUACGCUUACCGGGUCCAGGAGUUCCGGCACACCUUCCAUAAAAUUAUUGGGCAGCACAUCCUGGGCAAAAAAGAACGGUUCAAGCCCUCCAGUUCCAGCCAGAGGACCUCCGUCCAUGCCGAGAACACCAGCGCGCAGAUCAGCGAGUAUGCGCUGGACUUCUACCCGCCGGGGCCCAUGGAUGGCAUCUACAGCGAGAGCAGUUUGGGGAAACACACGCUGAGCUUGGACUGGCACCAGAACGGGACGGCCUUCGAUGGGGAAGCCAAUGGCCACAUCUUGCAGUUCUACAAGAACGGGGACCUCUCGGGGGCUUCCAAGACAAUGGAGCUGCUUAGCAAAGAGCUCCUCGGGGUCCGACUCUCUUAUACGGACUUGGAGACUUCCGCGUUAGAGGCCUCCGAUGUUUCCUGAUGCUUUGCGGGCAGGAAUUCUGCUGGAAAGGAGGCUUUCCUUCCCCCCGCCCCCCCCCUUCUCUGCCUCAGCUGUGGUAGAAAGAGAGAGAGGAGUCACUUCAGGUGAUGAGGAUGAUGGUGAUGGAAGGAGAAGGGUCUGCCUCUGAGAGGAAGACACCCCCCCCCCGGAACUGCUCUAGGAGAGGGGUCUGGAGGCAGGAGGCGGCUGGGGCAUGUUUUGCAAGCUGCAGGCAGAGAGAGGGGAACAGGCCCGUGUUGACAGACAGACGCUUUCCAGCCUUGGGGCAUUGCAGUAGCCGCAGUUUGUCCCGAAUGCCCGAGGCCCCAUUCAGCACAGUCUGCUUGUAUUCAGCAAGAGAAAUGGAUGUGAGUGGAAAGUUGCCUCAGUGUACCGAGGAGGAGCUGCCGUGUGGGGAACUUUUCUCCGGCUCCCACCAGAUGACCCUUCCCUGUUUCCUGGGACCGCCUGGAGAGAGAAGUCCAUCUCCUCCCUGGACACCCCCACAAGGGCGCGACUCUAGUUGGUGUGCAGUCGUGAAGCUCUGGGGUGCGACCUGCUUUUCACCUGGCUGCUGCCCAUUCUUUGGAUCCUGCAGAGCCCGGCGGUUUCCUGUCUGUCCAGCCCGCAAGCGAUUGCGACGUCCCCCACCUGUGGUUUGGCGUGCUGGAAGUAAUUUGACGGCUGUAUUCCGAUUCAUGCCAAGCGUGCGUGAGAGAAUAUUGGGGCGGGUCUUGCCUGUCCAUGCAAGCCAGUGGAAUCUGCAAAGACGGGGUUGCUUCUGGGGCAAGGCAGGGCCAGGACUCUGCCCCAGGAGCUGUGUUUUGAACUCGGGGCUCCGGUGACAAACAAGUGUAAGUGCCACUCAGUUUGUGCCAAGGCCCAAGCAACACAGAACCUGGGCAUUAUCCACAAAGCUGCUACUGUUAGUCUUGUGGCCACUUUCCCAGCCAGCUAGCCAUCAAACUCAAGGCGGCUUCCUUUUCCAGGUCUCCUGGCACCCACCCCAAACUCUCGCUGGGCUGGCCUUUCCCACCCAGUGUCCCCUCUGACAGGGCUUCCCAGAUGUUGUGGACUACAACUCCCAGAAUCCCCAAGCCAAGGCCAUUGCAGCUGGGGAUCCUGGGAGUUGUAGUCAGCAACAUCUGGGAAGCCCUGUUGUUGGGAACACUGGUGCCCCAGCCCCCGGAUCUGAUCAUCCAAGUGGCCGAGCUGAUCUGUGCCUGCUUGCCUGGUGAUUAGCACCUGUCGUUAGUGGCUGAGCUCUGCCAGAGCUAAAGGGAGGCUUUGAAAAGGACGGCGGGGUUUGUCCAAAAGGCCACGGAGGAAGGUGGCUGAGAGGCAGACGAAAGGUGGCGAUAGGAGUGUUGUUUCCGUCUGAGACAGAUACACUCUCCGUGCAGAUUGUACGGCAAGACGGCCCCAUGUGGCCUCCAUGCUCGCAAAAUCUUUUGUCUUUUCCUUAUGCCCACUCCUGUAUGCCCACCCUUCCCUCUGGUCCUUGGCUGUUUUCAGUUUCCCCUUCCUCUUCAUAAGCUGCAACUUCUGUUUUCUGGAAACCGAAAUGCGAUUUUAAAACAAAAAAAUGUAAAUUGUAGAAUCUAAACGCUGCCAUUUUAAUUAAAACCAUCUCUACACAAAUGCC